GCUAAAGUUGCGCGACCCUCGGCGCGCUGUUGGGGGCGCCCUCCGCGGCGGGCAGCGCGCCAGGGACCGGCCUCCGCAGCUCGGGGCGCGAGAGGCUACACUUUCCCUUCGCCCCCCGCCCUCGCUUCCUCCCGCGCGGCCGCAGCGGAGAUUUCCUCUCGGGGAAACCACGCGGACUCUUCCCGGGGCUCCUCGCCCCGCCCCAGUUCUCCGCCCCCUCCUCUUUGCUGGGGAGCCGGUGCUAGCCCGCGGCGGGGAGGAGGCUCUGGCAGCCUGGGCCAGGAGGUGGCAGGGGGCCGCGGAGCCGCUGGCUACCAACUCGCCCUGCCAUGUGACGCCGCCCGCCGCCCAGCGACCCCCCGCGCCCCGGGCCCGCGCCCGCGCUCUGUGGCGCCGCGCACCAUGCUCCUGCCGGGACACGCGCGCCCACCGCCAGCGCCCCAGCCAGCACAGCAUCCCGGCCUCCGCAGGCAGGCGGAGCCUCCUGGGCAGCUCCUGCGCCUCUUCUACUGCACCGUCCUGGUUUGCUCCAAAGAGAUCGCAGCGCUCACGGACUUCUCCGGUAAGAAGCGACCUCCCUCGCUGUGCGCCCCCGGCGCCGCGGGGCGCCCAGGUUACCUAACCAAACUCCUGCAAAACCACACCGCCUAUGCCUGUGAUGGGGACCAUCUGGAUCUGCAGUGCCCUCGGCAUUCGACGAUAAGUGUCCAGUCGGCGUUUUAUGGGCAAGAUUACCAAACGUGUAGCGCACAGCAGCCUGCCUCCCAGAGAGAAGACAGCUUAACCUGUGUGGCGCCCACCACCCUGCAGAAGGUGCUGGACGAAUGCCAGAACCAGCGGACCUGCCACCUCCUGGUCAAUAGCCGUGUUUUUGGACCUGACCUUUGUCCAGGAAGCAGUAAAUACCUCCUGGUCUCCUUUAAAUGCCAACCUAAUGAAUUAAAAAACAAAACUGUGUGUGAAGACCACGAGCUGAAGCUGCACUGCCACGAAUCCAAGUUUCUCAACAUCUACUCAGCGACCUAUGGCAGGAAGACCCAGGAGAGGGACGUCUGCUCCUCGGAAGCCACGUGGCUCCCCCCCUUUGAUUGCUUGUCUUACUCGGCUUUGCAAGUAUUAUCCAGGAGGUGUUAUGGGAAGCAGAGAUGCAAAAUCCUCGUCAACAAUCACCAUUUCGGGAGCCCCUGUCUUCCAGGAGUGAAGAAAUACCUCACCGUCGCCUACGCAUGUGUUCCCAAGAAUAUACUCACAGCGAUCGAUCCAGCCGUUGCUAAUCUAAAACCUUCUGUGAAACAGAAAGACGGUGACUAUGGUAUAAACUUUGACCCGAGGAAACCAAGAGUUCUGAGGAAAGAUGGAAUUAUUGUCAGCCACUCCCUGGCAGCAUUUGCUUACCUUCGAGCCCACCCUGAAAGAGCUGCCCUGCUGUUCGUGUCCAGUGUUUGCAUUGGUCUGGCACUCACACUGUGUGCCUUGGUCAUCAGAGUGUCCUGCACCAAGGACUUCCAGGAGCUGCAGCUGGCGAGGGAGCACCUGGUGCCAGGAAGCGACAAAGCCGAGGAGGACAGCCAGGAUGAGGAGGGGGAGGAGGACUCCUCUGACUCCGAUUUUCCAGGGGAACUGUCGGAGUUUCGUAGGACUACAUAUCCUGUCUGCAGUUCCAUAGAGGCUGCAGAGCUGGCAGAAAGGAUUGAGCGCAGGGAGCAAAUCAUCCAGGAAAUAUGGAUGAACAGUGGUUUGGACACUUCACUCCCAAGAAACAUGGGCCAGUUCUACUGAAAACCAGAUGCAUCUUGAUGUGAUCACACUUUCUGAAGAGGGAAGGGUUGAAAAUGCCCCUCCAGUUCUGUUUCACUCGUACCUUCUAUGAAGGAGAAUUUGUCAUGUCGUCCAAUACUGGGGAAGCCAGAAAGCUCUUAAAGGGACAUUUCAAACUGUUUACAGCACAUUUCAAAAUAAAUAUGGAGGGAAGAA